GGCUCACCAUCGCGGCUGGGACCUCCCCGGCCCUCCCCACCCUCCCUACUUCUGGUCUCCCAUCAAUCCAUCUGUCAAUCUGCCCACCUGCCGCGCCCCCCGGGCUGAGGUAGGAGGUUGUAUAGUUGAGGAAGACACCCGAGGAGAUCACUAUACGGCCUCCUAGCUUUCCCCAGGCUGCGCCCUGCACUGGAAGGGGCCGGCGGGGACCCCAGGUCCACAGCACUGCCCAAGAGUUCCUGGUAGGAGCUGGGGCGUCCUCUCUGUCCACAUUCUAUCUUAUCCCUUUUCUUUGCAGUCUCUAUGCCAUCUUGAGAUUUUCUAGUUUUCUGUCUCUUACGCCAAUGUCCCUAGGGUUCUAGAAGCUUCUGUUUCUCCAGUGCUGUGAAUCUAUCUCUGUGACAUUGUGGGUUUUUGAGCUUCUUGAGGGAUCUCCUGGUUCCUUUCUGUCUUCUGGGGCUUAGGGUAUCUCCGUUUCUGUCUCUCUUCCCUGUUCCCACCUCUGGGGCAAAGGGUUUUUCUGGUCCACCAUAGCUGCAUUGCCGGCCUCUGGGUCCCUGAGACCCUUUAACCUGUGAGGACGUCCAGGGUCACAGGUGAGGUUCUUGGGAGCCUGGCGCCUGGCUCAGCCACAAAUUUAGGGAUUUCAGGUGACCCCUGGCAACCUUCCUCUAGAUGGAGCCUGAUGCUUUUGAAACUCCAUCUCUGAUCACAGGCUCCCCCUCCCCCACAAUGACCUCACAAAGGUUACUAUCUUCUCCUCAGACCCAGAGACCCUCUGUUAUGGGUCUUGUUUCCUUAGUAGGGAGCAUUGUCCUGUUGUUCCUGCUGAUCUUCAGGGCAUCCACGUGGGCCUGUCUCUUCUGCUUCACUACCUAUGAGGAACGCCUCCGUGUCUGCCAGCUGUUUGUGGGCAGAGCGGAAACCAAGAUAAGAAUGUGUAGAGAUGAGCUUGAAGGGGCUUUUGAGAAUCUCAAAGACACGAAAAUCAACUAUGAUGAGAGGAGCUACCUGCACGAUGAAUUCACCCAGAUGACAGUUUCUCUUCAGGAGAAGGCUGCUAUGCGGGAGCCCUUUUGGCUUGCCUUCAAACAUGCUGCUGCAAAGUUGAAGAGGACCAUUGAACACCUUAAAAAAGCCCAGGCCUGCAUCCCUCCCUGUGGCUUCCAGGAGGCGGCUAGGCUUUUCCACUGCUCGGGCUGCUUUUCCAAACUGUGCGAUCUGCCUCUAGAUUGUCCAGGUGAGAGGGCGGGCGAGGCUGGGAUGCCGCGAGGAGGGGCUUGUGCGGUCUUACCAGAGCUAACCAGCCUCUUUCCAGUUCAGGACAUGUUGGUGAACCGGGGGGACCAGGCUUUGUUUUCUUGUAUCGUGGCUUUCCAGUUGCCAGAGUCGGAGGUCACUUAUUCCUGGAAAUUUGUGGGAGGUGUCCGAACUCGGGACGUUACCUUCUUCCGUGGUAUGCCGGGGGCUCACGGGUACCUGGCACGAAUACGGCCAGUGCAACCCAAACACGGCGGGACCUUUUCCUGCGUGAUCCUGCACGACCAGCGCCCCCUGGCGCGGCUCUACUUUUAUCUGAACGUGACGGGCCCUCCUCCGCCUGAGGACACUGAGCUCCAGGUCACGUUCCGGGAAGUGAUGAAUCGGACGCCGCCGGCGGAGCCGGAAAUGAUCCAGCCCUGGAGGCCCAGCCUAGGCGAACUACUUACCAACCCCCAGGCAAUGACGCUUGGCAACCUAUUCUUGCUCGCGGCCACCGCUGCACUUGGGUCUGCCAGUGUUACUCUGCUAGUGUGGUGAGUGCCAGCUAGCACCCUCCCCUUCCCAGCUCCUUUGGUCCAGACCCCAGCCUCCUCCCUCAUUCCUAGCCGUCCAACCCAAGUCUUCUCUUAGACCAAGUUCAAGCCUAGCUCUCCUCCCUCAAGACUCCAAAGUCCAGGCCCUCGCCUACCUUCCCCAGAACCAGGUUUCUAGGUUCCAAUUCUCCCUGAAAUCUAGGCGUAUAGUCUCCACCUUUUAAGACCUAGGGAGCCUAACCCACUUUUCUCAGACCCAGGAGCCCAGGCCCUAGCACUUCUUCCUCGGAUCUAGGAGUCCAGGACUGUUCUGCCUUAUAACGCAUGAGUCCUGAUUCCAAGCCUUCUUGGAAACUCUGGUCAAAGCUCUGUGCACUUUGAAACAAGUGUUUCUAUCACUGGGCCUCCCUAUAGCACAGGCUCCUUUGUUUUCUCAGGCUGUUUUUUCGAUGGUACUUAAGUGGCAACUAACAAAUCCUGAUCUUACAUCUGCCCUGGAAAUAAAGUAUAUAUUUUAG